AAUGAGUUGGUGACAAUUUGACAGCGUGACAACUGGAACACCGAACACGUCAAAAUUCUCGAAAAUGGCUGACUCGGGGCCGAGUAAAAGCGAUAUUGAAGCGAUAUUUUUACGGCUACGUUCCAUCCCUGCGAACAAAGUAUGUUUCGACUGCAACGCGAAGAACCCUACGUGGUCGUCGGUGACGUACGGAGUGUUCAUCUGCCUGGACUGCUCGGCCGUGCACCGCAGCCUCGGCGUGCACCUCACGUUCGUGCGCUCCACGCAGCUGGACACCAACUGGACCUGGAAGCAGCUGCGCAACAUGCAGCUCGGCGGCAAUGUCAAUGCGACUCAGUUCUUCCGCACUCAUGGCCUGGUGACGGAGGAUGCGCGGCAGAAGUACAGCUCCCGUGUGGCGCAGCUGUACAGAGAUAAGCUGAGUGCAAUGUCUGAACAGGCUAUGAAGACUUAUGGGACUAAGUUGCACCUGGAGCCGGCGCCUGCGGACGUGAAGGAGCCCAAGGAGCAGGAGGUAGACUGGUUUGCGGAGCACGGCAAGCCCACUAACACUCAUGACUCACAGACGGCGCGGGGCGGCGGCGAGAGCCUGAGCUCGGAGGCGCGGCUGUGGGGCGCGCCCGGCGACGCCGCGCCCGCCCGCGCCGCUGGCCGCGUCGCCAACAGGCGACCAGGGACGGGCGCGCGGCGCGGGCUGGGCGCCACCAAGGUGGCCGCCAACUUCGACGACAUCGAGCGGGAAGCCAUCAUGGCCGAGAAACUCAAGAUGGAGACGAAGGAGACCCAGAACAAAACAAGUAUAGAGUCAGUGGAACAGGAGGUGGCCUCCCUGCGGCUGGCGUACCGCCCGCCCGACCGCGAGAACUCCGAGCGCCUGGGCAUCGCCGCCGGCAACCGCUCCAACGCCGCGGGCGUGUCCCACUCGGCGGCCUCGGACAUGACUGUCAUCGAGCAGGAGGGCGCGCCGCCGCCCAAGCACCUGGACGACCUGGACGACUUCAACAACGUGCUCGUCAUGAUCAGAAACGAGCCAUACAGCAAUAACCGCGGACUGGACUCGCUGCUCAACGACACGCCGCGCAAGCUCGACAGCUCGUGGGAGAACAUCGAGCCCGAGCCCGCGCGCGCCGUGCGCACCAUGUUCGACGACAAGCCCACGCCCACGCGCACGCCCACGCCCACGCGCAGCAGCGCCACGCCGCGCAACCGACCCAAGAAACACGAGGAGGAGGAUGACUCCGCUGUCAAGAAGUUCGGUUCAGCCAAAUCUAUCAGUUCUGCGCAGUUCUUCGGCGAUCAGGAUCGCGGCUGGGACCGCGGCGGCGGCGGCGGCAGUAUGGGCGGCGGCGGCAGCGGUGGCAUGGGCGGCGGCGGGGGCGGCAGCGGCGAGCUGUCGCGGUUCGCGGGCAGCAGCAGCAUAUCCUCCGCCGAGCUGUUCGGCGGCGACAGCAGACCCGCCAAGCCCCCCGCCUUCAGCGUCUCUGCGCCCGACCUUGACGACGUGCGCGAGUCGGUGCGCGCGGGCGUGACGCGCGUGGCGGGGCGGCUGUCGUCGCUCGCCAACGGCGUCGUGUCGUCCAUCCAGGAGCGCUACGGCUACUGACCGCGCGUGCAGCCCGCCGCCCCCCGCGCCCCCCGCGCCAAUUCUGUUGUACACAAUCCCCAAACUAAACUGACUGUACAAAGAACUAAAAGCUUAAUUUGCUAUAUCCGCUAAGCCAGGCAAACCAACACCGAAGCAUCCUCAUGUAAACCUUACAAUGCCUAUUUGCAAACAAUGCAAUUAUGCAUUUACGUGGAGUGGUUUGUCGGACUUAGCGGAUUAUAGCAAAUUAGGCUUUUGAUUCCUUGCAUAUCAUGGACUUCCGCAAAAUAACAUCUGCUUAUAUACAACUUUUAAACUGACUGUGUUCUUUUUUAUUCCAUUACAAGUUAGCCCUUGACUGCUCACCUGGUGAUAAGUGAUGAUGCAGUCUAAUGGAAACAGGCUAGUAUGGCAGUUUUUUUAAACCCAUACUUUUCAGUUUCUAACGUUAAAUCGCUUGGCGGCACGACUUUGCCGGUAGGGUGGUAAGACCAGAGACGAUGUAGAAAAUGUGAUUUGUGUACAGCAGAACUAGCACCAAUGUAAGGCCAGGGAUAAAUCUAUUGUUCUGAACCUUACUUACCAAACUUUCGUUUGGUGUUGAAUUCGUUUGUUUAACAAACGGUUGGUGAUAAUAAAAAAAAUCAUUAAGCUGCCAUACUACCACUUAUAAGUCGCACCGGUAAAAUUCGUUUGCGCAGUAAAGCGCAACUUACGCCGACUAAAACCGAAUGAACACCACUGAAAUACAGACCUUAUUGCUUGACGUUAAGACUUGAAACACAAGAACAACAGAUUUUUCCCUGGCCCUAUUGAUAUUCAUGCUGUUCGCGCGAAUCUUCUAUUAUAGCCAAUUUAAGACAAAUUACAAAGUAGCACUAACUCACUAAAAUUGUGUAGGUAUUUUUUUUAUUCAAAUACAAGUUAACCCUUGACUGCAUUCUCACCUGAUGGGAAGUGACGAUGCAGUCUAAGAUGAAAGCGGGCAAACCAGGAAGUGGUAUGGCUGUUAUCAUUAACCCAUACUCCUUUGGUUUCUCCGCGGCAUCGUACCGGAACGUUAAACCGCGUAUACUUUAGUUUUUAAAUCUUUUUGCUUAAAACAUAAACAGAUCGCAGAAGCCUCACACAUUUUUUUUUUAAAUCGAGAAGCUACUUGGCUACCUUUUAAGUAAACUAAGGAAAAUUACAGUAUUGUGGAUUUUCAGUCAGUUUAGAGUAUUGUGAGUGUUGUAAAUAUAAAUGUUAUCUAAACGCAAUAAAUGGAAGUUUAGCGCGAUGUACGCAGUAUAUCUACGAAUAUGCUUAGACAAUAACUUAUUUUUAAUUAUAUCUAUCCAAUUUCAAAGACUUGGUAAAUAAUAUUACUUGUGAUUUUCAACUUUCAUUUGUCAUAUCUUGUAAAAAAUAACUUUUAAUAAUAGUUUUUCACGCACACUCAAGUAACGAUUGCAAAUAAUACUAAUUUUCUUUUUUAUACUGAAAUAUAAUAUGCAGAUAGAUGGCCAUACUAGGUAUUUAUUGUAUUACUUGCUAACGCCUAAAAUGCAUAUUGUAAAGUUUCAAUCAAAAAGUAUUGUAACAUUGUAAAAAACAAAACAUAUUUAAUGUUAUUCAAUAAUAAUAUAAUGAGCACGCAAUAAAAAUAUAACAUAUAAAAACUAUUUAUUACAAAGUUCAUAUUAUUAUUAUAACUGCCUAAAUACAUAAAAUUUAAAAAAAGUUUGUUGUACAGUGUUGAAUAAAACAAGUUAUUCUAACGCAAUAUCUAUUAAAUUUAAAAAAACUUUAACUUUUUUUUUUCAUUAUUAUAGUUAUGUUGAUUUAUUUAUGUCCUUUACAGAAUAUUUUUCACUUAAAGCAUAAUAAUUUCAGUUGACCUUGUGUAACUUAUGUAAGUUGUACGCCUUAUCAAUAUGUACUACAUUAGCAGUUGAUGCCAUUGUUGUAACACGUGUUACAGUUAUUGUAUUCUCGUGUUUAUUUAAUCAGUAACAUUCGAAACACAACAUACUGGUAAUUGGUAUUAUACCUUUAUUGGCAUUUAUGUUGCAAUCGAAAUAGAUACUUAUACAUGUCUAACCUAUUGCCAACAUUCUAGGGACCUGCCGGCACCAUUAAGGGGCAAGCGAUGGGUCUGCCCGCGAAAUUCUUUAGUUGGUUUUUCGCUUAUGGCAUUCUAGUUGCGACAAUGGCCGUAUCAUUUCCACGUGUUUAUAUAAAAACCUUUACUCGAUGGUACUAGUAUCGACUAAUUUGUGAGUUACAGUCGAUACGAGAGCUAAUUUCUUAAACUGGACUCUUUCAAGUAAAGAUUUUUAUAUAAAUGGUGGGGAUGAUACUGUUACUGUCGCAAACAGAAUGCCUUAAGACUACUUUGUCGUAUUUACAAAUUGCAAAAAACCAAAUAAAAUUUGAAUUUUCGCAAUUUGUUUACUAAUACGACAAAGUAGGCUUAUGGCAUUUUAAUUGCGCCAAUGGCAAUAUCAUCUCCACAGGUUUAUAUAAAAAUCUUUGCUUAAAAGUGUUCAGUUUAAGAAAUUAGAAUAUCGACUAAUUAGUGAGUAACUCACAUCAAACUCAUUAUUUUGACGUCGUGCGCGACCGACAUUAUUUUGUAGGUGGGGUUUAGCUAUAAUGUUUAUUUUUGAUAUAACUUAUAAGUUGUUGGUACGGUUAGCUGUGAGAUGGACAACUAGGCUUAGGUGUAAGUAGGUAGGCAAUAUUAGAAUCUAUUUCGUUUUCAUAUAAUCUCUUCUUUGUUAUGCUUAUGUAUUAGGGUACACAUAGGGUAACAUACUUCUUACGCUGACUUGUGUUACUUUCAGCCGAUGGUAAAAUUAUGUACUCAUGUUUACAUUUUUAUUUUUAGUAAUCAUUAUUACUAGCAGGGUGAAUAAGUUUACCAAAUUCCAAUAAUAAUAGUAUAAUUAGGUAGUUCGUAUUUUUUCUUUCGUAUGUAAUUUUAUGUUUUCUAUUAUCAAAAUGGUGUAAAGGCUGGUUUAUAUGUAAACAGUGCCUGGAGACCACGACAGCCUGGCACGAUCGGCCCCCGCAUAUAAGGUCCGGUAUUCUAAGCAGAGAUGGGCGGAGAUGUUUAGCGGACCAAUUAGAUUAUUGAUAGAUGAUGUCAUGUUGUGCCAUGUGGGUGCGAAAACUCAUUUUAAGCUAACAGAUAACAGCUAGUACAACUAAUUUUGUUUAUGUUCUUACACAAGAGGAGUAAAUUGGUUUUUUCUUUCUAAUAUUUUUUUCACGUCAUCUAUCAAUAAUCUGUUUGGUCUGCUGAACAUCUCCGCUUCUCUACACCGAGUAGUAGAUAACGGGCCUUGUUAAUUGGCCUCAUGAUAUUAGCUCGAAUAGAACGCCUUAUAACAGCAGUCGGCGGCGACAGUGACUAUCAAGCUACUGUCUCUAUCUAAACUUGCCCUAAACUGUAUAAUAAUAAUGAAGACUUCAUAUCAGUUUUCUAAAGAUAUUUGGAUUAAUGAACAGUGCAAAGGUUUGCGACCCCUGCAUUGCUUUGUGUAUAUUUCUACUUGUUGUAUGUAAGAUAAUAUAAAUACUUUUGGCAUUUGUUUAGUUAUUUAAUUAUUGCAAUUCAACAGUUUGUAAAGAAAUUAAACUAUAGAUUUUUUAGAUAAUGAUUAUUGAUAAAAAUAUACAAAACUAUAUUUGU